GUCUCUGAGUCGUCUGGUUCCGGAGAGCCGUGAGAGAUCCGGCCGGGAGAGGCGGAGUCACGAGAAAGUCCUCGCCCAGGACGCGGCGUCGGUGCCGGCGGAGAGAAGCGGAGUCCGCGGCCGCCGCGCUGGCGCGCAGCCUUACCGUUGACCGCGCCUCUCCGCGCCUCCCCCCAGAAGCCUUCGCGGGAUGGCAUCGGCGGGAGGGGGCGGGACCGGGCGCGCGGCUGCAGCCUCCGCCGCGGCCGCCUUCGCUGCGGCCGGAAACAAUAGUGGAGGAGCCCGAGCCCCGCGGAACUGCUCCUGCGGCGCGCGGAGCCCACGGGGCACUAUGAACGAGGAGGAGCAGUUUGUAAACAUUGAUCUGAAUGACGACAACAUUUGCAGUGUUUGUAAACUGGGAACAGACAAAGAAACCCUCUCCUUCUGCCACGUUUGUUUUGAGCUAAAUAUUGAGGGAGUACCAAAAUCAAAUCUCCUGCACACCAAAUCAUUAAGGGGCCAUAAAGACUGCUUUGAAAAAUACCAUUUGAUUGCAAAUCAGGAUUGUCCUCGAUCUAAACUUUCAAAAAGUACUUAUGAAGAAGUUAAAACCAUUUUGAGUAAGAAGAUAAACUGGAUUGUACAGUAUGCACAAAAUAAGGAUCUGGAUUCUGAUUCUGAAUGUUCUAAAAAUCCCCAGCAUCACUUGUUAAAUUUCAGGCAUAAGCCAGAUAAGAAGUUACUCCCACAGUUUGACUCCCAAGUUCCAAAGUAUUCUGCGAAGUGGAUAGAUGGAAGUACAGGCGGGCUCUCAAACGCUUCACAAAGAAUAUUGGAGCAGAGGGGAAAUACAGACUUCGAGCUUGCAGUGUUGCAAGAUUCAGGUGCCACUCUAUGCCACAACAGUGUAUUGUGGCCUCACAGUCACAACCAGCCACAGAAAAAAGAAGAGAUAAUCUCUAAUCCGGAGGUUGAUGUCGGGACCCAGCAUCCACGGUACAGCAGAGAGGAAUUGAAUUCGAUGACUCUUGGUGAGUUAAAGCAACUGAAAGCAAAGCUCCGACAGGAAAUACAGGAAGUUUUUGAAGAGUUGACGCAUCAAGUUCAAGAAAAAGAUUCUUUGGCCUCAGAGCUCCAUGUCCGCCACGUUGCCAUCGAACAGCUUCUCAAGAACUAUUCCAAGUUACCGUGUCUGCAAGUGGGGCGAACAGGAAUGAAGUCACACUUACCCUUAAACAACUGAACUAACUUUCACUCACUUCCUUUGCCCUCAUGCCCCUACCAUUUAUUGGUCUGCUAGGCAUGCCAACUUUGAAGAUGUUGAAGAAAGUUACAGUCCAUUUUUUUAUGGUCAUUAAAUUUGCAAAGCUGAAGGCAGUAUUUAACAUCUUUGUCAAAUAAAGCAGAUCAUUACACUCUUAGUCUUCUAGGAUUAAUCAUUAUGGUUUGUUUUGGGAAUCUUUCUUCCCAUAAUUACUAAAUGGCCCUGCUUAAUUUACCACAUGUGACUAUUGUUACAGUGUGAUUUUAUUAAACAUAUUUUAAUGUAAUUCACUUAUCAAGACAAUAGAAAAAUUUUUAAAAACUCCUUAGAUUAGUCUGAACUACUAAAGAUAAUUUUAAGAGGGAAAUGGAAUUCAUAAUGCACCUCCUAUUUAUUAUGAGCAAUAUUUUAAUAUGGAAAAUUUUAUAUAUAAAAAUGCUAUUUUAGGUACCUUUCCAUUCUCUUUAUAAAUGUGUAUUUGAAUGCCACUGUAUAUUAUAUUUACACUUUCCUGUGUGAAUAUGUUCAUCCAUAUUUCAUAUCACUGUAUUUUAUUCUCUUAAUACACUCUUUUUACUAUUACCUUGUUAUCCAAAGAUAAAUGUAUUUUGGAGUAGAAAUCUAUCUAGUUGAAUUGUUUUGACUUCUGAUAAAUCUUAUGAAAGAGGAAUUAAUAACUUUUUAAAGCAAGUAUCCAA